UCCAAAGGGAGCUCCUUGAUCCCGGUCACAUACAUCUGAACAGCCAAAACAGUUGCCUCAACAUGAAGCUGGUGAUGGUCCUCAUGCUGGCUGCCCUCCCCCUGUACUGCUACGCAGGUACAGGCUGCCAGUUAGUCCAGGAAGCAGUUAGAAAUACGCUGGAUUCUCAAGUAUCUGUGCCUCAGUUCCUAGACUCUCUUCGAGUGUUCCUUACAGAUACUGCCACUGCAAAUGCCAUGAUUGAAUUUAAACAAUGUUUUCUCAAGCAACCAAAGGAAAUUCUGGAGAAUGUUGGACUCGCAAUAAAUAUGAUUUCUAACAGUGAUCGUUGUCAAGGUUAUUAACUUUCUUCAAGACUUUCAGCUCACAGGACUAAGACUACAGACAGAAUCUGACUACUGAUGGCUAUAAACGACAGCUUUUAUUUCUUAUUUUGUCCUUAAAUCUAUAAACUGCAAGACAACUGUUGAAACCUUAAGUACAUUUUCAUUUCAAUAA